AUGAUGGCAGUCAGUUCUACAGCGACGGCUACGGCUGCUGCAUUCAAAUGAAUAACACGAGGCUAUAAUAUUGUAUCGAGUUUUAGGAAGUGUAUCGAGAUUUAGGAAGUGCGCCGAGAGCAGUGUAGUUUAGGAGUAGUAUAUCGAGUUUUAGGAGUGUAUUUUAGGAAGUUUUAAAAAUGAAGUUUACAGUACCAGCGCAAGUAGUGCGGCAAUAUGUGAUCGUUUUGAUCAUGAACCUCAGCAUCUUCACCACGGGUAUGAACCUAGCCUGGUCAUCCCCGGUGCUGGUGAAGCUGCGAGACCCAGACCAGACCCCACUGUCCAGACCCAUCACCGAGGAGGAGGGCUCCUGGCUGGUGUCCAUUGGGUUCCUGUGUGGAUUGCUAACGAACGUCUUCGGUGGAGUACUUCUUGAUUCCAUCGGUCGGAAGAACUGCAUCCUCGUCUCCUCUCUUCCGAAGGUCUUCAUCGGGUUCCUCUUCAUCUUCAGCACCGAACCCUGGAUGCUGAUCUUCGGCAGAGCCAUCCUGAUGAUGAUGGAAGGGCUCGUGUUUGCCACUGUCCCGGUUUACGCGUCGGAAAUCGCCGAUAAAGAACAACGCGGGACCCUCGGCACUCUUUUCCAGAUUUUCUCUUCCCUGGGCAUCGUGGUGUCCCUCUCCGUUGGACCGUUCGUGUCUUACAUCGUCUUCAACGCUAUUCUCACUGGGAUCAUUAUAGUUGCCAGUGUACCGCUGCUGCUAUUGCCCGAUAGCCCCUAUUAUCUGCACUCUAAGGGACGUACAGAAGAAGCGAGAGAAGUACUCACACUGAUCCGAACAUCAGAGCGACAAGUUAAAGAAGAAUUAGACGGCUACGAUAAAGCACAAGAAGAAAAACUAGAUGUUAGCAAACUCACGUUGAUGAGGAAUAGAACGUUCCAGAAAUCCCUCGUUCUGAGCCUCAUGCUGGGUAUAGGAGGACAGCUGAUAGGUUUUAAUGCCGUCUCAUUAUACCUCCAGACUAUUCUAGAGUCGACCAAAGUGAGUGUGAGACCAGAAAUAGCGUCGGUUAUUAUGGGAGUCAUCCAGGUUGUAGCCAGUUUCUGUGCGACGCCAAUCACCAGUAAUUUCAGAAGAAAGACGAUCUUGGUGUGGUCACUUAUGGGAUAUUUUGUUGGAAUGGUUGGCUUGGGCACAUUCUUCAAAAUUACUGAGCCUGAAGGCUACAUCAUCACGGGUUUCGUCAACUAUCUGCCCAUCAUAUCCUUCAUUUUAGUCAUCUACUGCUAUAGUGUCGGAAUCGGAUCUCUCUUCUGGCUGAUAGCAGCAGAAAUAUUCGAUGGUGUCAGCAGAGCGUUUGGCUUUUCGAUAUCAUUAACAACCGUGACAUUUUUCAUCUUCUUGACGACAAAAUAUUUUGUAGUAAUAUCCAAUUUCUUCGGUCCAGCCAUAACUUAUUGGAUCUUCAGUGGUAUCACUAUAUUAUUAACAAUUCUAAUAGCUGUAUUCUUACCGGAAACCAAAGGCAAGAGUUUCAAUGAGAUACAAAAAUCUUUACAAAAUAAUAGCGACGAUGUAAAGAAAUGUCCAGACAGUGUUUUAUAGUUAAGUUUUAAUUUAAUAUUGUGUAUUGUAAGAAAUAUUUAUUAAAUAAAA